GUGGCUUUUACCUCCGCCUACGGUAGAGCUACAUAGAGAAGAUAAAGAGAAAGAGAACGUUUCAAGGCAUAAAAUUCUGACAUGGAUCCAAAACCCAAAGACCCUGAUUAUUAUGUGCCUGGACUUAUCAUCAAUGGACUAUAUGACAAAGAUAUCCAAAUCCCUGACCCUUCUUAUUAUGUGCCUGAACUUAUGAAGGGCGCCACCAGUGGACUAUAUGACAAAGAUAUCCAAAUCCCUGAUCGGUACCAUUUAAAAUCUCCUCCUAGUUCACAUACUCGUGAGCCAACUGAAGCCGAGAAUCAAUUUGAAUUGAAACUGACGCAUCCUUACCAUGUAUUGGCAAUGGAUCAUUAUAACAAAAGCAUAGAUAAUAAGGAAGAGGAGUAUGAGAUUUUAAGUUUGGUCAGUAUGGGCAAAACCAGGAUAGUGUGCUUCGGUUACCUUGGUUUUCUUCAUCACCUCUUUUGGAAGGCUGUGCCAAAAAAUUCCCCUUCGACAGCUGAGCCUAGAAUUUUCUAUGCUCGAGUUCAUGAGUUUGAGGAGAUUCAUAUACCAUUUUGUGGUUUUUAUAGCGAUUCUAUUGAUGACUCAGAGAGCUGUGAGAUUUGCGGUCUCAAGAAUUAUGAUGAAUUCCGAAAGAAAGCAAAAGAAUUGCAAGAUAAAGAAGAAGAGAAAGCAAUGGCAAUUAAUAACGGUGGAUAUUUGUUCUGUCCAAUUAAUUUUAGCGCCAUGUAUCAGUCUUCCCAUGGAGACAAACAAAUAAAAAUAAAAGUGGGAAAGAUGGGAAAUAGAACGAGAAGUAUAAAGAGAAGGGAAUGGCGUCCAGCUCCCCCUACGCUAGAACAACAUAGAGAAGACAAAGAGAAAGAGAACGUAACAUAACGACCCAUCUGGAUCUUCUCUUCUUUGAUCUCUGAAAGACACCAUUUUUGGGAUUUUUUUAACCCAUUGGCAGCUCCACCUGCUAGGGCACGUGCCGAUUACGAUUACCUCAUCAAGCUCCUUCUUAUUGGCGAUGGCGGUUUGUUUCUUCUUUCCCUUUUCCCUAAUUAUUCUUGUUAUAAUUAUAGUUAGCAACAAUGCUAGGAAGCAAGAGGGUACCAGCCAAAAAUCAGCUAAAUGUCUUUGGGUGAAUCUAAAAUCUCUAUUAAGUAUCAGAACGUUUCUUUUUCAUAUUAAAUGGACGUUCUUUUAUAUAUUUUAUAAAUUUUUUUAUAUACUAAGAAUCGAGAUUGUUGGAAGCAGAGUUCUGUGAUACUCGUCCCUAAUUCUCCAACGUAUCAUUCAAAAUUUUAAUUUGGGGUGAAAAGCAAUUAAUAUCAAAUAUUAUAAGUUAAAAACAAAUAAAAUUAAUUAAAUAUAAUUAUAAAUUAAUUAAGUUGUUUACUUUUUGGCUGAUCACCUCUUGGUUACAUAUACUUUUCCUAUAGCUAAUUAUUAUUAUCUCAACAUGUUGUGUUUACAUAACUUGAUUUUUGUUUAGGUGGAUUAUUUCGUUUAUUUGGUCUUGAAUCAUGGGAUCUCUGAAGUUAUGCUUUUUACUUAGCUUACAUUCCAUUGCCAUUACCGGAAGGGAUUUUUUUUUUGGUAGAUUAAUUGUUAAUGGUGGUGUGGUAUUGAGCUGAAACAUCAAACAUUAUGUAAAGGAAAGUUAUAAUUUUGGGAUUUUAGGACAGUUGAUGAGGCAUUGAGGUUGAAGAAGAUGUUGGAGGAGUACUUCGAUUCUCUACUUAGCUAGGCCUAGAAGUAAAGUAUAUAGCUGAGUAGCAGGCAUUUGAAGUUGUGCAAGUUUCAUGAAGCUUGCGAGGCACACUGUGGAAUGGUGGUAAAGAGUGUUUAAGACAAGAUUAAGAAGAGAAACUCGCAUAGGGACAUUUUGAUUUAUGCCGUUGGGAUUAUAUUACGGGUAGAUGGCAGGGUUUUUGUUGGAGAGCAGUUUAUUAGUCUUCUUCGGCUCAUCUAAAAUUACCAGUAUCAUGGUGUUUCCAAAUGUAAAAAAUAUAUAUAUCAACUUGCUUGUCCAAAUAUACAAGUUCAUAUAUCUGUUUCAAGUAGUACAAUUUCGCCAUUUAAUGGCUGUCA